ACGUACACCCGCGACGGUUGUGAGUAGAAGUGAAGAAACACAUUCAGGUUAAAACACUGAAUAAUUCAAACAUUAACGCGUAUUAUAUCGCGUUUGAUCGUUAUCUUUGUGCUGGAGUGUCGCCGUGUCGGCCCGCGUUGAAUAUUCAUGAUCUGCCGGGAGGUGAUGAACACCGCUCAGGGUUAGAGUGACGCAGCAUCAUGACUCUGGCCCCUAAGGAUCUGUCUAAUCUGCUGGGCAUCAUGUCGGAGGAUGCGUGCAGCAGUAGUUUCGAGCAGCUCUCCUCCGCGUUCCACCAUUGUUUCGGGAAGGCGGAGCACUUCGGCGUGGGCUCGGUGCUGGUGAUGUUGCUGCAGCAGCCGGAUCUGUUACCCAGCGCUCCGCAGCGGCUGACGGCGCUCUAUCUGCUGUGGGAGAUGUACCGCACCGAGCCGCUCGCCGCCAACCCCUUCGCCGCGGUGUUCGCUCAUCUGCUGAACCCGUCCAGCGCCGCGGAGGAGCAGGAGAAAACACUGUCAGGUUUCCUACCACCCAUCACACUGCCAGAGAAGUUCUUCCUGUCUCAGCUGAUGCUGGCGCCUCCACGAGAACUCUUCAAGAAGACCCCGAGACAAGUGUCCUGCAUGGACAUCACUUCCACACCGCAGACUAUAGACAUCAGCGGCCUGCAGCUCGCACUCGCCGAGCGUCAGUCAGAGUUGCCCACUCAGAGUAAAGCCAGUUUUCCCAGCCUGCUCAGCGACCCGGAUCCAGACUCCUCCAACUCUGGCUUCGACAGCUCCGUGGCCAAUCAGAUCACAGAGUCUCUAGUGACAGGACCACGCCCUCCUCUGGAGAGUCACUUCCGGCCUGAGUUCAUCCGCCCCACUCCGCCGCUGCUGGUGUGUGAGGACGAGCUGUGCUGGCUGAACCCCUGUGAGCCGGAGCACCGUGUGCAGUGGGACCGCUCUAUGUGUGUGCGCAACGGCACUGGUGUGGAGAUCAAACGCAUCAUGGCCAAAGCCUUUAAGAGUCCACUGUCAGCGGCGCAGCAGACACAGCUGCUGGGCGAGCUGGAGAAGGACCUGAAGCUGGUGUACCACAUCGGCCUGACCCCCGCCAAACUGCCGGACCUGGUGGAGAACAACCCUCUGGUGGCCAUCGAGAUGCUGCUGAAGCUGAUGUCCUCCAGCCAGAUCACAGAGUACUUCUCUGUGCUGGUCAACAUGGACAUGUCCCUGCACUCCAUGGAGGUGGUCAACAGAUUAACGACAGCAGUGGAUCUUCCUCCAGAGUUCAUCCACCUCUACAUCUCCAACUGCAUCUCCACCUGUGAGCAGAUCAAGGACAAAUACAUGCAGAACCGUCUGGUGCGUCUGGUCUGUGUGUUCCUGCAGUCUCUGAUCCGCAAUAAGAUCAUCAACGUUCAGGAUCUGUUCAUCGAGGUUCAGGCCUUCUGCAUCGAGUUCAGCCGCAUCCGUGAGGCCGCAGGGCUGUUCCGGCUCCUCAAGACACUCGACAACGGAGAGACGCCGGCCGAGGGCAAGACCAGCAAAUGAUGGAGCGCUUCCUGAACACACACACCGCUGAACUGAUCUGCUUUAUGCUUUUUAUUUAUGUGCAGGAGUCGUGCAGAAACAGCCUGACUGUGCUAAAUCUCCAUGAAGACGAGCAUUCACUGAUGACUGAGGUAUGAUGAUGACGACUCCUGUAGUCAUGGCUCAUCACUGACUCAGCGUUUUCAUAUUCGCUCAACCAAAACUCUGCAGAUUCAGUAUUUGGGAAUAUGGCUUUCAGUAACUCUGAGAGUGUCUGAGCUGAAUCCUUUAUUAACGGCGCUCAGUAACUCCAUUUCAUUUGUGUAUAUUUUCUCAAUAAACAACGUUUCAAAGCA